AUGUUUUACCUUUUCCGGAAUGUUUUAAUUUUAAUUAAAUUGUUUGUUUUAGUUCCCUUUCAAUAUAAAUGUAUUUGUUCGCCCGGUUUUUACGGAAAACAUUGUGAACAACAAGUAGAUUCCUGCUUUGGAAAUCCUUGCAGAAAUGGGGGGAAAUGUAUAGUUAAGAUGGGAGAUAAUAAAUUAAUGUAUGAAGGAAGGUUUAACUGUAUUUGUUUACGUGGAUUUGCUGGGGAAAGAUGUGAGAGACAAAUUAAUGAAUGUCUUAAUGGUUAUCGUUGUGAAUGUCCAAAAGGGUGGUUUGGUAAUUAUUGUGAAUUUAAUUUGUGUGAUUCUUUGUCUCAAAACAAUAAUUGUUCUAAAGAGGAUAAUGUUAAAUCAUCAUUUUUAAGUGUUAGUAGAAUGGAGAGGGCAAAUAAUGAUGGGAAAAGGGUUUCCAAACGAAAUUUUUGUCCUUUCAAUUAUGCCGACCCUCCAAAAUGUAGUCGUAGAAGGGCUAUAGCGAUCAAGACAACCAACACAUUUUUAUCUCUUGGCCAAUGGCCUAUUAAUAAUUUUAAUAAUUCUGUAAUAAAUGGAGAAAUAUCUUUUCAUUUUGCAACAAAUCAGAGUGAUGGAACAAUGUUUUGGUUAGGUGAUAAAAACGAUGAUUCAUUUAUACUUCUUGAAUUAGUGCGUGGGCGUUUAAGAGCAGCUGUUCAACUAGGAAAGGGGCACGAGCCUUAUUCCCAAUUAUAUUCUAUGAAUAUUGGUAAAUUAAUUUUUUCCGGAAGUUUAAUAUUAAACCGGAAAACAAUUUUACAAAUUGUAAAAUAA